CCAAGUGGUCGGUCGCUUGACUUGGUAACCCUAACUAUCUGGGAAAACAGGGCAACAGAAACUGAAUAAGGAGGUGGAAAGAAGAAAGGCGGGGGUGCGCAGCACAGCGAACACGAACAAAGGGUCUCCCUUGUGGUCGGCUGUGGCAGAGUUUAGACUACGGUAAUCAUAAUCACACUGCAGGGCGGGAGCGGGAACCCCAAGCAGCCAGUUGGAGGUCCUUUAUGACGACGUUCAGGCGCCCGCGCCAAUGCCGCAUGCCAGUCGCUGCACUAGUGGCCAUAUUACUAGCGGUCAUAUGGGCGGCCAGUCAUCCUCUCCAUAAAGAAGUCGUCCGACAUACGUGGACAAUCCCAGACCCGUCGACGAGCGGCGCGGCGCUCAUUAACAACCCCAGCAGUAUCGUUUGCUGUUUGGUUAAUAAGCAGUCGCAAUAAUUUGCUGGGGUCGUCCGUAAGAUAUUGACAUGUGAAGGCCGCUUGCAACACCCUGUUGCACCAUAACGUAAAAUUGGGCAAUGCUAUGUGAAUUAACAAUGACAAAAACCUACCUUCAUCAGUAGAAAAGGGCGCUGCACCUAUGGAGCUGUAAACCCAAUUCUCACCGCCGUGUACGGCCACACCUCGCAGAACAGCAUUGGCCUCGCUUGUGAAAAGGACAUUUAUAAAACGAACCAAAUGGGCUAUCAUGUGUGACUUGCUGCAAGGAUGGCCCGAAUGCGCCAGAAGCUCGCGACCUGUGCUCCAUGUGAACCCGCUACCGGCUCGAAAGCCCAGCAAAAGGGCAAAGUAUGGAGAAGUAGUUUUGGAAAAGGUCCCAAGGCAGCGAGCACCGCGUGUUGUGCGGCCAAGGCCCCAGCGAGCGUCGGAGUACUUCCGCCAGCUCAUCCGCCAAGCCCAACGCAGCCACCAACAACGGGGCCAGUCAACCGGCGCCGUACCACUGCAGCCGGGGCAAGAGGAGCAGCAGCAAGAGGAGCAGCAGCAAGAGGAGCAGCAGCAACCACCACUGGGGCUAGAUCACCAAACAAUGCAAAACUUGGGGGACGUUGGGUUGCAGAAUGUCGAAGGCGGGCAGGCAAGGGCCGUGCCAGCAUGGGAGCCGGAGCCAACGGCAAACGGGUUGCAUGAAUUACAAUCGCAAUUGCAGUCCGAGCGGCAGCACCCUCCGCACGAAACAAGGCCGCCACCGCAGCAACAGCAGCAGCCGCAGGUAUGGGCUUCGGAGCCGGGCUGGGAGUGGGCUUUCGGAUGGGAGCAAGAGCAAGAACCAGAACGGGAGCAAGAGCACCGCAAAGGAUCGCCUGAGGAGGGCCACCAGCGACGGACGGAGGCGCAGCAAGAAGGCCAUCAGCGCAUCUCGUCCUCUUCCUCCGCCUCCACCUCUGCCCCAUCAUUCUCCCCCGUGCGCUAUCCUCACUCCUCUUCCUCCACGUCCGCUGUCACUGCAGCAACAGCCUCAGCAGCCUCAGCAGCCACAGCACAGGCACCGGCGGCGGCGGUAGCACCUGCGUCCUCACCUCCCGCCGGCUUCCCGCGACGUCGCAAGCUCUUCCCCGAGAGCCCCGACGGUCCCCACCCGCACACCACCGCCCGCAUUGUCGCCCGCCUAGCUGCAUGCAGGCACUGGCGGCGGCCCCUGGCUCACCGGCUGCUGCCUCGCUACCUGCCGCUGUUCGAUCAACACGCGGCCGCGUACUUUUUUAAGCAUGUCCCCAGCCUGCAGCCUGGCGGGGCGCCUGGGUCUCCUGGGAGGUCCUCCCCCUCCCUCCGCACAAACCUCAACAUGACCACCCCAACUGCUGCCGCAACCACUACCGCCACCGCUUACGCCCUGGGCACUGCAGGGUUGGCUGCUAACCGCACGCCGGCCCAGCUACACAUGUCUCAGCACCCUCACCCUCGCCUGCACCCUGCCCAUCACCAUCAGCAGCAGCAGCAGCAGCAGCACCCCGAGGCUGCGGGCUUCCGUCUGAUGCUGCGGGGCGUGUGCUGCUCGCUGCUGCCCAAGCUGCCCUCCUUCGGGCCCCGCGCGCUGACCUGCAUGGUCACCGGGCUGGCGCGCAUGGGCUUCAGGCAUGGCCCCACGCUGGCCGCCUGGGUGGCCCGCAGCACCAGCCAGUUGGGCCUCAUGCGGCCCGACCAACUAGUGGACUCCUUGGAAGGGCUAGCAGCGCUGGUAGCGCAGCAGAGGCCAACGGCGGCUGUGGCGGCAGGGGCAGCGGGAGGGGAGAAGGCGGUGAAGAAGGAAAGGAGGAGGAGGAGGAAACAGCAGCAGCGGGGAGGGAGGGGCGCGAAGGCCGCAGCGGCGGCGCAGCCCUCGCUGGGGCCUGACUGGCGGCAGGCGGCUGUGGCGGCGGCGGCAGCUGCGGUACCGGACAUGAGCGUUGGGCAGAUCGGGCGGCUGUUGCAGGCAAUGGUGCUGCUGCAGCUGCAGCCGCCCUCCUCGCUUCUGGAUUCCGCAUGUACGGCAAUACGGCAGCGAGUGGAGCAGACAGCUGCUCGGCUGGAGGCCGCUGCCGGCGGCAGCAUCAGCAGCAGUCGUUCACAUGAGCGACCGGCGCUGCUCGUCAUAGCGACGAUGGCGGAUGCGGAGGUGACGGCGGCGGCGGAGGAGGAGGUCAAAGCGCGUAACAGCAGGGUAGCAGCGUCGCCGCCGCCACCGCCACUAUCUCAGCCGCUGCGCGGAUCCGACCUAGCUCUCGUUCUUGCGGGUGUUGCCGCGUCGGGUCAUGCGCCGCGGUCUGAGUGGUUGUCGUGGCUGCUGGAGAGCACCGCGGCGGUUCUGAAAGCACAGCUGGGGUCCGGAUGGCAGCAACAGCAGGAGCAGCAGCAGCAGCAGCGGAUGCCGGAGCGACAGCGGCGGGGCCCGGCGGCGGCGCGACGUUGGGUGGCACCGUCGAGGUCGGGUACGACGGCGGAGGAGGAAGAGGAGCUGCAGCCGUCGGCGACGGAAGCGACGGCGACGGCGCCGUUCUUCAUGGUUGAAGAUUUGGCGGAGAUGGUGGGGGGAAUAGCGACGCUACUGCCGCUGCUAACGUCGACGUCGCUGCUGACGUCUCCCUCUGUACAGCCUAAUGAAGGCACUGGCGGCGCAGGCGGCGCAAACGGCGCGACCAGCUUGAGUGUGUUGUCGCUGCCCGCAAGCAUUCCUGCGGAGUGGUUGGACUUGGCGUGUGAGACGGCACUGCAGGACUUGCGCCGGCGACUGGACCCGUCGGCGGCGGCAGCGGCAGUCGCGUUAGUCGCCGCCGCUAGCCCCACCGCCAUUCUAACCCAAGGCGACGUCACCCGCGCUGAGAGCGCCGCCGCCGCCACCACCAUCAAGACCGUCGCCGCCGCCGCGGCGGCGGCGGCAGCCGCCGCCCCCGCCGCCACCUUGCUGCUCGCGACGCUGACGCGGCUACAUCCGUACUACACGCCGCCGAGGCGCUGGUGUACGGCCGUCGCCAGUGUUGGACUGGAUCUGGUGCCGUACUUGGCGCCGCCGUCAGCGCUGCUGGAUUGGCUCGAAGCCAUGGCGACCUGGGGAGCUCCGAAACCGCUGCCGCCAGCUUGGAGCGCCGCCGUCGCCGUCAGCAGCCGAUUCAACUUCCUGUCGUACACCGGCGGGCAGCUCUGCCGGCUGCCGGCGGCGGUGCUGGCGGCGGGAGGGCAGCUGUCUCCAUCUUGGGCUGCAGAGUACUUAGCCCAUCUGGCCAGCAGGCUGCCGCCGACGUCAGCAGUGACGACAGCGGCGGCGACGGCGGGAAGGCAAGGCCGGGGGCAGCGGCGGCGGCGGGGAAGCGUGAGGCUUGGGCGGCAGCGGCUAGAGCGGCGGAUUGUCUUGAUUAAGCCUGGUCGACGAAGAGGAGUCGUUAGGCAGGAAGCUCCGAUCGGCACUCGCAGCGGUCUGUUUGGUGGCGGGACCUGGACAGGUGGGGGCGCGGGCAGGAAGAGUGCAGGACCGGCGGCGGCGGCGGCGGCGGCGUCCUUACGCGAGAUUGCGGCGGCGCUGGGCUGCUUGCCCCUGGUGGUGUCGGACCUCAGAUACGCAGCGGACUGCGAAGAACUCGCGCUGCAGGCUUUGGAGGCGGCCUUCCGCCCCGAGCUCGCUACGGCCGGACUGAUGCAGGAGCAGCGAUUGGAGCAUCGGGCAUCAAACCCACCACCAUCACCACCACCACCAGCCGCGACGACAGUGGGAACAACACCAGCAGCAGCAGCGGCAGUGACAACAGGGCAAUAGCCAUUAGCACGCCGAGCAGCCCGCUUCACCCGGUUGUUGUCGGGCCGCAUGCGGCGCAUGAUGGGGCCCACGAGGCAGCGGGGGGUGAUAGGGCCCCUGAUGCCAGCCCGGGGGUUGUGGGCGCCCGCCUCCCGGCUGCUGAGGUUCUUUGCUGAAGUUGGCGGUUGGGGGGACAAAUUAGACCAACCCAUAUGAAACCAGUAAGGGGAGAAGGGAGAUCAUAUGGGUGAUAGACAGAUGGUGGGUGGUGAUGGGUGGUGGUGCGGUGGAGGGGCGCGGUGUACAUACGCAUUUUAUGCUACAUACAAACAGUACUUACAGAGAGGACAUAGUUGGUUGCUUGGUAGUUACAAGCAGGGUGGGUGGUGUGAUUGGCUCCCUUGUGUGAAUGAUGCCGUGUUGGGACGCCGACUGCUGCUCCGGCCGUCAAAACCCCCUAGGUGGUGUAUACCGGUAACGCCUGCCAUCGUACGGUGUAUCGGCAGGUGUGGUUUGUUAUUGCAGAGGCUGCCGCUGAUGCGGAACAGCAUUUUGCCCCGUUCCGCUCUACCUACAUAGCAUGGCGACGUCAAGCAGCCUCUAUCCCGAGGGCUACCGGCGGUUUACUAGGCAUCAUGUAACACGACUACUGCC